GCUCUUGAGUCUUAAACCUCGACUUGUACUUGAAUGCUAUCAAUUAUCAUCGUAAACUGUAGUUUAGAAACGUUGUUUACGUUUUGUAAUGUAAGCUUUACAAAACAAUGUAAAAGUUAGCUUUUAUAAAAUAAAAUCAUUUUCGAUCUUUGGGUUUGAUUGAGUAACCAUAAUUUCAUUAUUUGAGUAUUAUAGUGUACCAUACCUAGUGUUGUUGAAAGUGGAAAAAUGUCUUCUAGCAGUACUAGUCCACCUAGCUUAAAUUCUAUUGGAGAUGUGAAUGCGUUAUUUCAGACCGCUAAGAAAUAUGAAGAGUUAAAUGUUAUUGGAACAGGUGCCUACGGUACUGUGUAUAAAGCCCGAGAUCUACACAAUGGUGGCCAGAUUGUGGCUAUGAAGAAAGUGAAGGUUGCACUGACAGAAGAUGGCAUACCACUCUCAACAUUGAGGGAAAUAGCAUUGCUGAGACAAUUGGAGGCGUACAGACAUCCUAACAUUGUCAGGUUACUGGAUGUUUGCCAUGGAGGUCAGUCCCUGGAGCGUGAUCAGCAGCUGGUUCUGUUCUUGGUCUUCGAGCAUGUGGAACAGGAUCUGGAGUCAUAUCUGAAGCGAGCACCUGGACCUUUAAGCGAGAAUAGGAUAAGAAGUAUGUCAUAUGACAUACUAUCCGGGGUGGACUUCCUUCACUCCCACAGGAUAGUGCACAGAGACCUCAAGCCCCACAAUCUGCUUGUCACAUCCUCCGGCAGGGUCAAGUUGGCUGACUUCGGCCUGGCCAAGACUUAUGAUACAGAGAUGAAACUUACUAGUGUUGUGGUCACCUUAUGGUACCGUCCCCCCGAAGUAUUGCUGGGCGUGUCUUACAACACAGCCGUGGACGUGUGGUCUAGUGGCUGCGUGUUAGCCCAGCUACACACCCGCGCACCUUUGCUCGCCGGCUCAUGUGACUCCGAGCAAUUGCACUGUAUUUUCAGGUUGAUUGGGAGACCCGCCAAGCAUGAGUGGCCACAGAAUGUUUCCAUAGUGGUAGACAGCUUCCCGGACUAUCCACCACAAGAUCUGGCCGAUAUACUUCCCCGAGUUCACCCGCAGGCUUUGGAUCUCAUCAAGGGUAUGUUAGUCUUCGAUCCAGCAAAGCGUCUCACAGCACUGGACUGCCUAGAACAUCCGUACUUCACCGACCAUGCACCGCACUAGCGCCACUGGACUGCAUGUUAACUGCUAAGCCAAAUUUGGUACUUUUGGGUUCUUCGUCAAAACAAAGCAACGAAAACUAAAUGUUUCAGAAGUAUGUUUUCUACUGAACUUAUUGUAGAGUAUUUCUAUGUAUUAUUCAAUUAAACCUGCAGAAGCUGAUGGUUUUUUAAGUCUAGGAUGUUUGGACAGCAUUCGACCACUUAAUAUUAAUCUUCUACGAAUGUGUAUAUUGCAUAAUUUACUUUUUACCAGUGGGAGGUACCACAACGGCGCAUAUUUCUGCCGUGAAGCAGUAAUGUGUAAGCAUUAUUGUUUCGAUCUAAAGUAGCUAGUGAAAUUAUUGGCAAAUGAGACUUAACAUCUUAUGUCUCAAGGUGCCAAGCGCAGUUGUAGUGCCGCUCAGAACUUUUGGGGUUUUCAAGAAUCCUGAGCGACACUGCAUUGUAAUAGGCAGGGCGUAUCAAUUAUCAUCAGCUGAACGUCCUGCUCGUCUUGUCCCUAAUUCUCAUAAAAAACACACGAAUGUCUCCCAGAAGCUAUAGGAUCCAACCUUUCGAACAUGCACUCUUAUUCUUAACCUGCUCGGCUUCAAUUUCUAAUAUUUUUAUUCAAAAUCACUAGUUGAACAUAAAAACAACCAUUAAUUUCAAAAAUAUGCCUCAGAUUUGAGAAGAACGGGCGCAAGAAACUCACCGGCCUUCUUUUUCUAAUUAAAUAGCCUGAGGGCGGCGGUCACUCUAUUCCAAAUCUGUGGUAUCAUUACGAAAGUCAUUUAUGUUAUAGUAUCUUUUGAAUUUCGUGGCACAUUUGAUUUGUACAUUUUCUGGGAUCAUCCAAAUAAAAAAAUUAUACAUAAUAACUAGAUAGAGAUAUACCCAAUAAUACCCAAAUAAGACGGUUUCUUAACAAUUAAAUCCCAUUAUCCAUGAGCCAAUACUUCUGGCACAGACUGAUAUCGAAAUAAGUGUUUUUAAUUUCGAUUCGUAACUUAAGUUAGAUUUAAGUUGGCGGACGAGUAUACGUGUCUAGCCUUUAAUAAAAAGCAUCGAAGGCAUUUAUUUUCUCAAAAUUGAUUCCUUUAGAAUGAUUUUUAAUGUCAGUUUAAACACUACCACCGCUUCGAAACAAAUGGCGCUCUAAGAGAGAAGAAACGGCGCAAGAAUUUCCCAGCAUUCUUUUUUGCGCUCUUUUUUAACACAACUUGUUAUUUAUAAUUAAUUCUCCCUACAGGGAUUAUAAAUACAAGUUAUAACUUAUAGCAAAAUAUAUGGACGAUCUGAAUUCAUAGACUUAUCCUACUAAUAUUAUAAAUGUGAAAGUUUGUAUGUCUGGAUGUAUGUUUAUACUUCUUUAACGCAAAAUCUACUGAAUAGAUUUUGAUGAAACUUUACAAUAAUAUAGCUUACACACCAGAAUAACAAAUAGGCUAUAAUUUAUAAAACUAUAGUGUGAAUUAUACAAAAUAUAAAAGAAGUGUGAUUGUUACUAAUUAAUACAACUAGCGCCAUCUCUUAUCAACAAGCAAGCAAAAGAUCAAAACAAUUUAUAUGGCAAAACAACGUUUGCCGGGUCAGCUAGUUAUAACUAAUAACGAGUGUAUAAACGAUCUGACAGUCCGAUAAUAACCAAUAUUAUUAGUUAGUUCUAUAUUCAUAAUAUUAAGGAGCUAAUUCCAAGCGUGGUUGACUGUUUACGAGGUGUCAAUUAAAAUCGAUUAUAUUAACAAUACACUCGCUGACCAUUAUUAGGACAGGCAAAGGGUUCAAGCCUAUACAGCCGUAUUCAUUAUUUGAAUAUGGAAAGGUUCAUAAUUAAUUGUCGAAGCAAUCUUUGCAAGAUUUUUACAAAAUUUUUCUUUCUAAAACUUAGGAGGCACGAGGAAUAAAUCAUUUUAAUUAUUUUUGCUUCGUUAGGCCAAAGAAGUAUAAUUUCUUGCGUGCAUACAUAAGUACAAACAUACUUUUUUUUGACAAUUUUUUGUUUUUUUAUUUUAUUAUGAUUCAGCAUUAAAAUAUGCACACAACUUAAAAUUUUCACCCGUCUACGAUCAACACCUAUUUUUUUUACCGCGAUUUUAAUAUAAUUCUAUUCCACCCACAGAUACGCAAUAGAGUUGAAAGAUGGUAAUCGAAUAUAAUGAUUAUUGUGGUCCGAUAAAUUUUAUGUACGAUAUAUUUGGUAGGUCUAAGAAUCGGUCGUCAUCUAUUUUUUUUUGUUGUACUUAUUUCCGAAAUCACAAUGAUAUGGGUGAAACUGAUCAAAAAAUGGCUUUAACCUUUAAAUUAUAUCAUGACCUAGUGGGCACAGAUUAAAAAGAUAUUAAACUGUCGAACGCGUAUAAGAUUUUUAACACGAAAUAAUAAUAAUUAAAAAUAAUUGUGAGAUUUUUUAAUUCUUAUCUAAUUACAUACUACAUAUAUAGAUAAUUUAUACGACUAGAAAGAGACUUGCUUAGCAACGCAUGAAAAAACGCCAGGUUUAUUACAUAAGUGUACAUGACAGGCUACUUUCUACACUCGCGAUACGAUGAUAUCUAAUAUUAUUAUUGUAAUUUUGAUACUAGAUCUUCUCUAUGAUAAUAAUAAUUAUAUUAAAAUUGUCUGUUAUUCUCAUUAUCUGUCACAAUUCGUAGGGAAAAUUUAUUUUAUGCUCGGUUUGUUGUGACUAUUUCCAGUGAUAGGCAUAUUAGGCGCAGUAACGUGAUAAUAGGUCUCCCUUAUCAUGUCAGACUCCUCUGCUAUACUCGUCCGCUAAACAUAGUAUAUCAUAGCUGGUACACUAAGUUAGAGUUAAGUUUUCAUUAAGUAUUACUUUCAACCGUUCCUCGCCAAAUAAACUUAUUUUUGCAUA